GCCCUUUAAUUCUUGUACGCAUACAGUCACAUGCGUAGCUCUUUUCCUCAUACCUAGCGAAAGAAAGUGGUGUGAAAACCGUGUUUUUACGGUUAUUUUCUUUAGUGUUUGCCAAUGUUUUUGUAAUUAUAAGCCCUCUCCAAUUCAGAGGACAGAUUUGCAGAUACCCUGGUUACAGGUUUUGUCAGCCUUGUAUAAACUUGAAACGCCACAAAGCUUGCAACCAUGUCGACCAAGAUGUCUCACUCUGCAAACCAGUCAGCUGCUCAAGCUGCUGCUACUUCCCCAUCGUCAGAGGCACAUCCUACCGGCCGGCCAGCGGGAAUCCUUCCCAUGCCAGCCCAGAUGCUGUCGUCCUCCAGUGAUGGUGGUAGUGGUACAAGCAGUGGCCUUACUGAUGCUUCUGCAAGUCCCAAAGUAACACAGCAAGACUCUGGCCAUGUCAGUGUGCCUACCACUGGUGGUGGAGACAAUGCUGCACAGGGGCCUGUGCAAAAUGAAGCUAACAACAUGGCAAAUACCAAAGAGAAGACAUCAAUGUGCCUGCUCAAUGAGCUUGCACGAUACAACAAACUCCAACCCAAAUAUGAACUCAUCAAAGAAAAGGGCCCUCCCCACGAGAAGAUCUUCUCUGUAUGCCUUACCCUUGGAACUCAAAAGUAUGAGUCCUCUGGUAAAAGCAUUAAGAAGGCACAGCAUGGAGCAGCUGCCAUUGCUUUGGAGAAAUGUGGACUGCCCCAUCCUGUUCCUAGAGACCAGCCCAAGAAGUUCAAACAUAGGCCCAUGAACACCAACACUGAUGCCAUGACCCCAACUGUCAAGCUGAACAGCCUAGCCAUGAAGACGGGCAAGCAGGUGCAUUACGUGCCCCUCAAUCCUGUACCGCAGCGCCCCUUUUACGGGGGUUACCGUGGCCCAAGGAACCAGGGUAUGCCUCACCCUAAUCAUGGUAUGCAACAGCCACCGCAACAGGGUCCUCCACCACCCAAUCAGCAACAACAGACUUCUCCACCACAGCAGCAACCAGGGGCACAGCAGGGUCAGCAGCAACAGGGGCAGUCUGGGUCAGCGCAACCACCUCCUACAUUCCACCCACCUGGCCCUCCUCAAAUGCCACCUCCACCCAUCCAAUCACAGCAAGGUCAAGUGCCACCUCCUCCAGGCAUUGCCCAACCCCAGGGGAUGCCUCCCCAGGGCCCUGGGGGGAUGGAUCAGCAGGGACAACAGGUUGGGGCACCACCACCAAACCAAGGACAACAACAACAGCGUAUGCCCCAACAGGGAGGCCCUCCAUAUCAAAACCAGCAUCAUCGGCCUUACUAUCGCUACCCAAGGCCAUUUGUGCAUUAUGUUAAGGUGACUGUCGGUGAACGUGAAUUCGUAGGGGAAGGAAAGACUCAGAAGGGAGCUCGUCAAAAUGCUGCCUCCCGUGCUCUGAGUGCUCUGGAAAAUGAACCUGCACCGAAAGUUGACAUGGCUACAACAACCAACGUGGAUGUUGAUGGAAAUGGUGAUGCCUCAAGUGGUGGGGAGGAGAGGAACAUCAAGUCUGAUAUUAGUCUCAUCUACGAAGCUGCAAACCUUCACAAUCUCAAUGUUGUCUUCAAGGUUUUGGAGGAACGUGGACAGCCACACUUGAAGGUUUUCAAGCUGCAGUGUACUGUGGGAGAGUUUGUCACUGAAGCAGAAGGUCCUUCAAAGAAAGAUGCCAAGCGUAAAGCUGCUGAAUUAAUGCUCCCAAAACUUAAGGAACUCCCUCCAGUUGCUAAUAAGGUUGUUGUCCAACAUCAAAUGAUGCAACGCAAACUUUGGAUGCAGGACAAGAAUAAGAAAAAGAAAUCUAAGUCACUUCUCAAGACAUCUCCAGAGGACCCCAAUUUUGGCGCUCCAGGCCUUCACCCUGUCAGCAGGCUUGUACAGAUCCUCCAGGCCAAGAAUGAGCGUGAACCUGAAUUCACUGUGAUUGAUGAUCGUCCUCUAAUGGAACGAGCUGGACCUCACAUGAUACGGAGACGAGAGUUCACCAUACAGGUGGCUGCUGCAUCUAAGAAAGCUACUGGUAAAGGGAAGACCAAGAAGGAUGCCAAGAAGCAAGCUGCAGAAAACAUGUUGAAACUCCUUGGCUAUGCCCCUACACCUGAUGAAACCAAUGGUAUGAGUCCAGGACAACCAUCCAAAUCAGCCCUCAAGACUGGAGCCAAGCCUGUAGAUCAGGAGGGGGACAGGAAAGUUACUUUCAAGGAUGAGAAACAGAAGAAAGGUACUAAGAAGGAUGAAAAGAAAGAUGGCUCUCAAGUCCAAGGGAAUUCUGGGAAGGGACUUGCCCCAGGGUUACUUCCCAUGAUGCCAGGCAUGGGAACCCAACCACAGAUCUUCCCAUCAGGCCCUGCUCCAGCAGGAGCUCAUAAAAUGCCCGGGCAAGGCCUAAACCGUGCCCCUGGUGCUCCUGUCACAGGCUCUAAUAUGAAGGUUUCCCCAAAGAAGAAUUCUCUACGUGACAUCGCUCAAGACCUCCUCAGCCUUGGACACUCCCCAACCGCUGAAGCACUUCUAAAGGGAACAGCUGGACCACAUUCUAUCCCCAAUCUCUCUAGACCAACUCAACAGCUAGAGUACCUUGCCAAAGUCAGUGGUUGCAGCACCAAGUUUAAUGAUUUCCCAAAGGGAAACAAACCUGAGUUCCAGUCUGUGGUGUACAUCUCAACUGAUCCUCAGUCUGCAUACCGUGGUUCAGGUGCCACUGUAGAAGCAGCUCAUGAUGUAGCAGCAAUCACUGCAUUGAGAGCUCUAGCAGGCAUCACUGAUGGGGAUACAAGCAAGAAAGGUGCUGGACGAUAGACAUCACAGGCUUCUUUGGCAGAAACGUGUAAGCUGCUGACAAACAGAAUGGAUGUUAACAAGUUCGUUCAUAGAAAACUUCUUGAAAGAAAAGGAAAUUAUUAUUAUAAGAUAUAUUGAUAUAAAUUGAUGAUUUUAUGUCAUUAUCAUUGCACUUUUGUUUUUAUUUUUAAUUGAAUUCUUAUACACUUUUGCAUGCAAACACAAGAAUUUAGUUUCAUGAUAGUUUACCCUAGUUUUUAUGGUUACACUUCGUAAUUCCGAAGGUUCGUAAUUCUGAAGGUUCUUUAUUCCGAAACACGUAAAUUGCCUAUACCUCGAUGUUCGUUAAUCCGAAACGUAAAAGGGUUCGUUAAUCCGAACAUUUGUGGCGUUAUUCCAAAGGUUUGUUAUUCCGAAGGUUCGAUAAUCCGAAAACGAAAUAAGGUUCGAUGAUCCGAAGGUUCGUCAAUCCGAAAACGAAAUAAGGUUCGUUGUUCCAAAGGUUCGUUAAUCCGAAGACGAAAUAAGGUUCGUUGUUCCGAAGGUUCGUUAGUCCGAAAACGAAAUAAGGUUCGUUAAUCAUUAGUUUUCGGACGAACGAACCUUUGGAAUUACGAACCUCAUUUCGUUUUCGGAUUAACGAACCUUCGGAAUAACGAACCUCACUUCGUUUUCGGACUAAUGAACCUUCGGAAUUAUGAACCUCAUUUCGUUUUCGGACUAACGAACCUUCGGAAUUACGAACCUUCGGAAAUACGAACCUUCGGAAUAUCCGAACCUUCGAAAUAACGAAGCUUCGGAAUUACGAAUGUAUGCGGUUUUUAUUAUGUACUAAAAUAUUAUGAGGCAUCCUGGAUUUAUCUAUAAGUUUUAAUGUUUCUUUUUAAGUGAUUAUUCUUAAAUAAAAAAAAAGGUAUUUCUGGUGAAAGGAAGAUCUUAUUCUUUUGAUUUUAUUACAUAGAAUGAAUGUAUGUAUAUUCUUAAUGUUUGCAUGCAAAAUUUGUCACAAGAUGACUAAGAAUAACAUUGAAAAGAAUUUAUUAGGUGUGGUAUUGUGAAUAUUGUUAAUCAAAACAAAGUUGCUUAAAAGUUCAUGUUUUAUGCUUAUGGAUAGAAAUGGCUUGCUUGUAGUUUUAAAGAUAGUUAACAGAUUGGAAUUUCCUAAAACGAUCAGAAUUUGUCUUGUUUUCAUUGUUUAUAUUUUGGAAUAUUUGGAAGGCCCAAACUUCAUCAUUUGUAUUGUAUUUUUGCUGAUAAGUAUCAACACUGAGGAUGAUGAUUCUGAAUAGAUUCACCAUUAAGCUGUAAAACAUGUAUUUCUAAAUGAAUGUAUAUAUAUUCACACUACCAUGCUGUGUAUUACUUACAAGAAUUAAAAGUGUAAUGAUUAUUAGAUUAAUGAAACUAAAAAUUGAAAAAAAAAGCUGUGGUAGGUUCAUUAAAUGGAGAGGGCCCUCCCAUUGCUUUUUAUUUGAAUGAAAACCUUUGUUUCACCAUGCAUUAAUUAUUCAAAAAGAAGUCGACUUAUGUCUGAAGAAAAUAAAUAAUCUGCACACGAAAGUUGUAAAAGUGGAAGUAGGAAAAAACAAACGUGUUUUUGGAAAAUAAGAUAAUUAGACAGAGUAGAUGAAAUAAAGAUAUCCAUCACUUAGUGUUUUGAUCUCUCUUCCACACAGAUUCUUUUGGCAAAUUGCCAUAAUUUUUUUUACCAUUGUGUUUCAUUGCCAUUUAUAAUGUAUUUUUUGUAGAAAAGACAUAACAAAAUGCAUAAUUAAAGCACCUACUGUAUGUAUCAGGGGAAAGUUUGCUGUUACAUUGUACAGUUGUAGGAUUAUGGAACACAUUUUUCAAUUGCAAGAUAGCUAAUUUAAAUGUAGAAAAGCUUUGACUCUUGAAAACAUUUUGUUCUUUCUGCUUUCACUACAAUGCAAUUUGUAUGUAGAUUAUUUACACCUAAAAAAAGAGGUCCUGUAGACAUAUACAGUGUGACAAUAUGUUUCUUAAGUUUUCACUUGCUGUUCAAAAGAGGUUUGGAGGAAAGAAGAAAUAAUACUAUGAGCAGUGUUUGAAGCAAAGGUUUUUACUGCAAAUGAAAUCUUCAAUUUAUUUUACAUCUAUGUAUUUGCUUAUAUAAUGUGAUGAUGAUGAUAAAGGCAUGUAUAGGCACAAAUUUUGCACCCGUGUUCAUAAUCUGGUGUACAAUUUAUGUUUAUCCUGCCUAAAUGUAUUUUUAAAGGUAUUUUUUAUUCACUUGCUUCACGGCUAGAUUUCCUGAUUUGUAUGUAUUUAUUUUAGAUAAAAAUAUUGGACUGACCCUAUUAAUGAAUAAGUCUUACUAGACUACUCCAAGGCAUGUACCUAUUUUGUUUUUUAAAUGAUGUACCAAAAGUUCUUUUCAACCCAUCAUAUCAAGCAUUCACACUAUGGGUGAAAAUAUUAUUUUGUGUCAUGGUCAUUUAAUUCACGGUUGUACCUGUUAGAUCGGACUUUGAUAUAAUAUGAUUCUGGAUGGAAUAUUCAAGUAGGAAAUCUACAACUUGUAUAUUCAUCAGUAAGAAAUUAUCAAAAUUUGCCAAACAAUCCACAAAUCACAGAAAACUAUGUCUUAUUAUCUGUUAUAGUAUUAUUAUAGCACAUGGGAUUAUCAGUGUAAGUUUUCAUCACAAGGUUUAUGAUGAAAAAGGCAUUUUGUUGCUAAUAUUAAAGAUGAUUCAGAAGAAACCACAAAGACUUGUGCUAGAAGCAUUAUGUUAGUAUUCUAACAAUUCAUCAUUAAAUACUCUUGGUUAUGCAACAUA